AUGGACACGCGAUCGCGAUCAAAUCGAGACAACGACCAGCCGAAUCUUUACGUUCCACCGGUGCUUCGGACGCUCGUUUUCUCGCCCAUUCAAGCCGCCCUCACUGCCACUUACAACGAGAAAUCUAACUUAACGCGUUUUAAAUACGAGCUCACCUGGACGGAGAAGAUCGACGAAGAAAAAGCCCAAGCGGAUCCCUACAAUCAGAAAAGUGCUCUUUCACCCGGCAGUCUCGACGAUGCCAUUUCGUCGGCUACUUCCACGAUUUCAACUCAUUCGAUGCUUCGCGUUGAAAACGGUGUGAAAUGUGAUGGGCCUUGUGGACUUUUUCAUCAAUCUUCUCAAUUAAUAAAUGUCGGACGUUGCGAUCAUUACUUGUGCAAGGCGUGCUCGGGAAUUGUCAUUAACAGCGAUGGCUCAACUGGCUGCUCGAAUUGGGAUUGCUACCGCGCUGCCCAUUCUACAGAGUCGAAUAUCUACCUUGCGAUCGAUCUGACGGGAAAGAUUCCAUUCGCG